AGGAUUCGCUUCGGGGUGUACGUAGUUGAGAGCAGCAGGCACUUGAGACAGACAAUGCAAAGACCUACCCUCCCUGUGGUAGAGCUAAGCUGUUUACUCUUCCGCUCUCUCCACCCCAUUCCUCUGUACUAAUGUAUAACUCAUGCAUAUGUAUUUUCAUUCUUUCUUUCUCUCUCUUUCUCUUUCGCAGUUCUAUCACGUCCGGUAACAUAUGACAUUUGUAUCUCUCUACCUCUUCUACCUCAACUCUAUUUCUAUAUACUCAACGCUGUAGUUGAAGAUCCGCGCACCCCUUGCAAACACAAACUUCAUCGAUUAAACAUACUAUAUUCCUUGAAGAUGAUCCUAUAUUCAUUUUACAAAUAAGCAAGUUAUUUCAUUGACUCCUUUUUGUGCGACAAAAUAAUAACAUGGAAUAUUAAUUUAUUUCGUGGAUCUACAAAGAGAAAUCCUAGACCGAAGCGGAGCUCGCUUUUUCCAAGAGUGAUUGUCCGCCCUUGCGGACUCUCCCUUCGUGUCUUCCCUUUAUCAGUCUAUUUCUCAAGCGACGGCGCCUUCUCGAGUCUCACGCCAUCACUCGUCGCUAGUCCGGUUGCCUAUCUCGGGCGCUGUCCUCGACUAUCUUCCGGUUCGCAUAUCCUCGGCGCCGCGUUGACGAGAUAGAUAGGAGAAGAUGGAAAGAGUAUAAGAUAUAGAUAGCUAGCUAGCUAGUUAGGUGGGUGGGUAGGUAGGUAGGUAGAUAGAUAGAUAGAUAGAUAGAUAGAUAGAUAGAUAUAUAGAUAGAGAGGGAGGGAGAGGAGAGUCGCGUGCGUCCUCCCGUAACGCAUAAUAUUGUCUCAUGCGCCGGACGAGAAGCGUCGAGCAUCGUAGCCGUGGCGUCGCGACGCUCGGUCAAGCUCUCGACUCUGCGUGAUUCGUGGCAGUGAGUGUCAGCGCAUCGAAGCGUCGUACGAGCGACAUGCGCUACGGCUGGCAGCGGCCUUGUCAAGUGUCGAUUGCGAUCAGGACGGUGAUCAGAACGGAGACGACGACACGAAGGGGAUACUAUCAACGCCGGUAAAAAAAAAAAAGUCGGAAAACGAAGACGUCGCCGAGACGUUGGUGGUGAAAGGUGUUGCGAGAGGACGCAUGACGAGGAAAAGAGGGUGACUGGCAUGAACGACGUGGACGACGUUGUCGAGGACUCUCGUGGCGAUGCCCGUGGAAGUAGCGCUACGAACUACACGAAAACGAAGACGACGACGACGACGAUUACGUUCCUCGUGUACCCCCCGACCGCCGUACGGUCGACCUGACUGACGACACCCGGUCGUAACGAUUCGCGUUCUCGGCGAACGGUCGCGCCUACGCAGCGAUCCGCGUGUACGUAGGUAUCAGCGAUGUGAGAAUUUGCGUCGUAGAAGGCGCAAUCCGAGGUCAAUAACAAAACGUGAAGAUUUGGAUUCUUUUCGAGUGUUUUACGUGGCAUAAGACAUAUUGGAAAAAUCAGAUUUAUCAGCUUUCGAAUAGAAAGACUUCUAAACGAAGAAAAAGACUUUCUCUGAUGACAAGAAUCUCCUCUGAAGAAAGGAUUUUUCCUAGGCAAGAAUUUUUGUCGAAAACGCAGAUCAUAAAGACACUGAGCUUCUAGAAAGGCUCUCCUCUUUGACAUCGCGCGUGCCUUUCAGCUCGAGGAAUCUUAUGCAGAGGUAUUUAAUGGAUCUUAUAAACCGGAGCGCGGUUAACGCAAACGGUAUCAUCCCUUUACACCGCGGGAAUGUUCCCUAAUAAUGUGCCAUCCUCUUUGUUCCUUUGCAAGUUGAACUUCCAGUGAAGAGACCGCGAUCAUUGCAGUUUCGCGUUGAAACCUUGAAGCGUAAAGAUGCAUCUCUCCAAGAAAGUGAUUCAAAGUGUGCUCGCGUUCAAGGAUGCGCGCAUCCUCGACGAUGCGAUCCAUGUAACGAACCAGCGUAAUCAGCUCGAUUAUACGAUUGUCAAAAUUGAAGGACGAAUUCGAGUGACGGCGUAACCGAUGCUUGCGGCGAAAAUAGGACAAAGCGUUGCUAGCGACGAUAAAUUCCUUCGGGAAGGUCGGGAGGAAGAUUGCAUAACGCCACGUUCCCUCCCUACAUCCAUUACCACCUUCUAACCCUCUCUCUUUCCUCGCCCUCCUUCUCCUACCCUUUCCCUCGUGUGUGUCCGUGCGCGCGCGCGCGCGCUUCUUCUCGUCGUCCUUUUUCUCUCUAUCUUUUCGCGCCUCUUCUUCGAUAUGUCACUCGUAUCGAUAUCUAAUUAAAGGCUAUCCGAUAAUCUUUUUUUAUCACGCUCGUCCGUCCGUCUGUCCACUCAUCCCUGUAGAAGGCGGUGGAGUAGCUUCGUCCCUCGCUCCGGCAUCCGGCAUCGAGAAAAGAUCGCACGCGGCAUCGCGUGCGACAUCGAUCCGCGCGUGACUCUCUUCUCCUUUUUUUUCCUCCGCGGAAUUAUGUAAAGUAGGCAGUACUGGACGCCGGCCAGGACGUUGACUGCUCGCCCGAGACACUGGGAAUAAUUUCUUCGUUAACAAAAAGAAGGGAGAUCGUCCACGGUUACCGGAAGACAUCCAAGACGUCCAAGACGGCGCUCAACGUGCACAACGAUUUAAAGUGUGCGUGACACGAGGGGAACCAUGAACGUUAUCACCAACGACCUUCCGGUGCGGCGAUGCAGCACGACGUGCAUCGCGUGAUUCGCGCCAGUUUCAAGUAGAGGAUUGGCCUCCUCCUCCUCCUCUUCCUCCCUAACGUCGUAAGUACCGCGGCGGCGACCACCACUAACGGUGCAACGCGCUAGCCCGUCUCUCCCACUCAAUCCCCCAUAUUCGCGGGGGUACAAUCCUUACGACGAGGACACGCACACCAGGGUGGCACGAUAGUAUGACGGUGAUGCUGCUGCAACGUUCAGUCACCCCGCAGUCGACGCACAGCCAAAAGACAGCGACGAAGGACUGCAGCGCGAAGCCGCCCUUUCUCUUUCUGCUAGACGACCGUGAGGAGCAUCGACACUCGACCGAUACCAACACCACGACUACUACAAAUAACAACAAUAACAAUAAUAACAAUAACAACAAUAAUAUCAACAAUAAUAACGUCUUCAAGAGGGGCGGCGCCCGGAGGAGCAGCAGCAGCCACGAUUGCGUCGCCGACGAGGCGCCGUCGUCGGUGACGUCCCAACGACUCGCCGGCGGUGGUCACGACGUCGCAAUGCGAUAUUACCGUCUCUGGAUCUACGCCUGUAACCUGGUGUUGCUUGGUAGCGCGGUCGGCUUCGCCGCCGCGGUGUCGGAGACCCUUUUAUUCACCGGCGACCCACGUCGAUACGUGGUGCCGGGUGUACCUCGUGUCUACGACCCCACCGCGCUCUACGGCUAUCUGGCACUGGCGGCGCAGUUAGGCUUGGUGCAACUGCUCGGCUGCAUCGCCGCCAGGCGACUCAGCGCCCGGCUGCUUCACUUUUACUGGAUACUGCUGCUAGUACUGCUGUUCGGCGACGCCGUAGUAGGCGUCGCCUGGAUUUUUCGUUUCGAGAAGAUGCGCACCGACCUCAGGCCCACGCUCAAGCUGCGUUUGCAGGCAGACUACGGUAAGGAACCGCGAUUCAGCGAGCAGUGGGACCGACUUCAGCGGGAGUUUAUGUGUUGCGGGGUAACUGGACCCAAGGACUUCUCAAACUCCCGCUGGCCGCAGACUUGUUGCGGACCAAGCCUCAAUGCGAGUGAACCCUGCCAGAAUCCGUACGGGGGCGGCUGCGAGGAGGUGCUCGUACGCUGGCUCAGAAAAACAGCGGAUCUGCUCUUCGUCCUGGGCUUUUGCGUGAUCGCAUUCGCCAAGCUCUGCUUCCUCGGAAUAUUACGCUAUGAGAUACGGGAGAUGAUACAGAAGAUACGUUUACUGAGGGAACCGCCGCCGCCGGCUACGCCGUUCGGACAACCACCCUUCUGCCAGGUGCUGCCGGAAACUGCCAAUAACGGCAGCAUCGUCAGACGCACAACGCUACCGAACGCAGUCAUGCCUUCCGGCAACGCAUCACUGUUGCUGCAAUCGGACGAAUGCAAUACCGGCCGGCAUCCCUUGCUGGCGAACAAUCUGCAGGAUGGCGGCGCCGACAGCGACACCAACAGCCAUUGCGCGCUGAUACUGGAAGAGUCAACGCCUACUUCGGCCAACAACCACAACAAUUGCACGGCUGCUGGCGGCCGCGAGAAGAGCAACGGAAACAACAAUUACGAGAUGCGUGAGUUUAAUCGCAGAUUGCUGCUAUCAAAUGGCGCCAGCCCGGGCACAGGCGUAACGGUAACGAGCAGUCAGAGUAAGCGUACCUGACUAUGGAGAUGGUGGCUAAACACCUCGAAUCGUUUCCUAUACAGGAGCAAUCGGCGGCAUGCCGACAUACCGUUAUACAAAUAGAACAACAACAUAUAUACACACUCUCUCAGGCGUUUUAGUUUCUUUCUUAAGAGAAAGUAAAACACAUACAGCGAGCUACUGGCUGGCGCGAGUCCAACAGACGGUGGAGGAAACGCUGUCGUCAUCAUUGUGUCGAUUAGAUCGGCGAGAGUGGAAGGGUUGACAACCACUGCAUAACUUGUCUCUUAUAUAGGGUUGCCAUACGUCCUCUUUUCCCCGGACACCGUCCUCUUUUUUAGGACGUCCGGGGGGAUUUUUCGAAUGUGUCCGGGGUAAUUAUGAAUGUCUGGGGUUUAAGAAUAUUCAUAAAUAUUCUGCUUUUUAGAUUUAAUUAACCACAUCAUAUUCAAUCACUUCAAUACAAUUGAAGUUAUCAACCAUUUGUUUUUUUAUUUUUAUGCGUGAAUCUAAUAAUAAAACUUCUUUUAAAUUAAAAACAUGUUUAAUUUAUUCCUUUUACUCUAAGUACUAAUGAAAAUGAGAUCUAAAAUAAUUAUUAAUUUAUUGUUAUAAUUUAUAAGCAACUUGCUAACCUAUUCGCAUUUUUGUAUACGUUCGGGGUUGCAAGCGAAAUGUCCGGGGUUUCUGAGCUAUAAGUUCUAGUUUUGAAAAUUUUAUUAUGGCAACCCUACUCUUAUAUAGCUUGUCCCCUUUUACCUUCAAGUCUGCCGAUUCGCGGUAGUGUGCGCUUAACAUAGUAACACUAAGAAAGACCAUGGCGACAGACGUUGGCGUUGAACGCUGAAACACAUGAGAGACCAAGAGCAUUCACGAAUCGAUAUCACGGUGGAAUUAUACAUUAAUGAAAGACCAAAUCAAAACGUAUACACAGUAGUAAGAGUAUCUCCGUUUUGUAAGGCGAAACUCGCGAAGGGAAGUUUGAAUUUACCAAGAUCGCGCAAAAAUGAAACUCGAUCGAUUUUAUGCCAUCGGAAAGAACGAGGCUGAUUCGGAACGUUGCCCUAUGAUUCCUUAAACGAGCGGCUCACGAGCAACUCAUCCCGCGUGACAGUCGAAGAACAGUUCUAUUUACGGUUCGUAUUCUCCCAGUCGUAAGCUAAUUUUGUCAUCGUCGACAUCGAGAGUUAUAAAGAGUAGAUACAUACUAAUUUUAAAUGACCGUUAGAGACUACUUUCUUUAGUCUUCUGACUUUUAUACUCCACUUUUCCUAUGUGAACUUUCGCUGUGUUUGUGUGCGUCGAAAUUAUAUCGCGAGUUGCUCAUCAACUGCCCUGAACUCUCUUCGCAAGUGUAUACCUUAUAUGCAUGUCCUUCCGUCCUCGCGGUCGGUGUAACUACUUUUGUAGAUUUAUUUUUAGUCGUAAGAUUUUCUUACGCUUCCCAUCUGAGUAAAGCAUCAUCGAUCGUGUCAUCAAUGUACCGGAUAUCGUUCAUCGUGUCGUUUCUCAUGAAAAUAAGUCAUACGUAUCAUGCUGGUAGUAUAUCACAAUCGCGAGAGUAACUAUCAUCAUUUAUAAAUGGCACACGAGGUUCUUGUUCCCGCCGUAUUUCCAUUUCGGUUGUCUUCGGAUCGAUAUGCGAAUUAAUUAAAAACUUUGAGUUAGUAAUUGGAUAUCUCCUAAAUCUUGAUCCUAUCUAGGAUAUAAACACGUUAUCUUAAUAGGGGAUACAAUUCCAUUUUCUUUCUCUCUAUUUUAUGUCGCAAAGAUGUUUAAAAAAUCUCUCUCCCAAUUUUUCAGUUAUUCUUGAGAUAUCUUUCCAAUUCGUAUUAUAUUACAUUAAAACAACGUCCAAAAAGAAGACAAUUUAGUUAGCCAACGCUAAUCGAUGUUGUCGAAACUCCAAAAGAAGAACUUUCGAUUCAAGACUUCAACAGCUUUCGUUGUUCGAAAAGAAACUUGAAACUAUACUUUUUUUACGCAUUUGUUUCUCUUUAAUAAUACAGACAAUCUAUGUAUCUGUCUAGACAAGGUAACUGCGCUUCUCGGGAACGUUGCCGCCUGAUAAAUUAUUGAAUCACGCGUCUAUACUCGUAAAGCUUUAUAACGAUUCUUAGACCUUUGAGGAUAAUUAUGAUAGUUACAAGGUAAUAUUGUGAAAUACUGCAACAUUGAUUCUCCUCCCCUAUUAUCCGAUUAUAUGGAUGUACAUCUAUUUGGAUAAACCUUAAACAAGGAAAAUUCAUUUACUUUCUUCGUUAAUAAUAUAAUAGAAAGAGUAAAAGAGAACGAGAGAGAGAGAGAGAGAGAGAGAGAGAGAGAGAGAGAGAGAGAAAUAUCUCCAAUAUGUAAACGAUGAUUAAACAAUUCCUAAUUGCUUUUACAUAUAUACAUUUAAAAAAUACGCGUCAUGCAAGUAGCUUGUACUGAUUUGUUCCUUGUAAUUGGACCAUCAUUAUUGGGCUAAAAUAAACGCAGACAUUAUUUCAUUUUCAUCUUUCGAAUUUGUUUCUCUUUGCACGCCUCAUCGGUACGGCUGUUUUGCCUCAAUAAUGGAGAUCCAUCUUAUAAUCAAUAAAGAUUUAGGAUAACAAAUCGAAAUAAUUGGCUUCCUAGUUAGGCUUAAAGGAAUCUUAGGGUUAUACAUUUAAUGGAGAUGCAAUGAUAAGGGAUACAUAUAGAGAGAAAGAGAUAGAGUAGACAGAUUGUAUAUAUCGACAUAUAAUAGAGAUAAUACUACGUGUCGAUCGUCUGCUUAAGGAAAAACCGAGACAUUAUCUGUUAACUGUUCGAAGUCAUGCGCGUCUCUGUCAUGCUACUGAACGGGACACUUUACGUUAAUCUGUCUGUCGCAGUUGGAUUUAUGUGUAUCGUGAAAUCUGACGUUUCACACAUUUCCAAGUAUGAUUACACUAGUCUGGACAACAGGGUAAUUAUUAAUCUCGAAAGAUUGCCUGAACAUUCUUAGGCCAUUAUUAGCAAUGUGAAAUAUUGCGCGUUGUCGCGGUAAGAUGUAGGGUCGAUUCCUUCGACCUCUUUUCAGAGUUUACUGACAAUGCGCAAGUCCGAUCAUUCUUUCUUAAUCAGACCAUCGAAUUAUCGUUGAAUGUAAUAAGCUAAUAAUAACGUCAGAAAGCUUACACCUCGCAGACACACAGCCUCUGCCACUAAAUGUAUAUAAAGAUGUUAUAUACAAGAGAUAGAUUAAUCGUUUUUUAUUUAAUUAGUCAAAUGAAAAAAUACGUUCGAAAAAAAUGUACGAAACUUAUAUUAUACUUUGAACCACAUACAAAAAAAACAAAAUAUUUAAAUUCGCUACGGUUCUCAUAUUAAUGUACCAUCUACUACACACACAAAAAAAAAAGAAAAAAAGAGCGAAAGAUUUUAGGUGGUUAUAUUUUACUUGGGUGAUAUAUCUUCAUGUUACAAUCACACUGCAAGAAAGACUUCAAAGUUUAAACGAGCGUUUUGAUUUGUAAGAUGGAUUGGUAUUUAAAUGUAAUAUACAAAUUGAAGAAAAGUGAACGUGACAGGGAGCUUUGAAUAGUGCCUGCUUAAGAUCCAAUUUAUUAUAUCUCAAACAAUUAGGUAUGAUCGAAUAAUUAGUCAUUUAUGGCAUUGCACGUCAGAUUCCAAAUCGACGAAUCAAUUAAUGGAAAACGAUAGUUUACAAAAAUGCUAUCUUCUUUAUAUAAAAAGAAAAAGAUAGUAGAAACAAAUAUAAAUUUACACAUCUUGCGUAUCAUCUUUUCUAGUAUUGAAUAAUGCUGUUCUUUGACACACAAAUCUAUACGUUAUAAUAAAUGAUAUAUAUAUGUCAAAUGCUUUCAGUUUGAAGGUAUGUUUGUAUAAAGAUCACUCAACCACACGGCUUGUUGACGAAUCGAUCAGUUUCUGUUUGCGCAUGUAAUGCCAUAAAUGAGACAUUUCAUAGAAUAACUGUAGAGUGAUAUUGGAAGUAUGCACAUUUAAAAGCUUUGAUUAUUUUAAUAUUGUAUAAAGACGACGAAACACGAUGCGAAAGAAAGUGUAUCUGUGAGAAGACUGUGUUAGUGAAAAAAGGACAAAUAUUAAAUAAUUACACGUAGUGUUACAAUCGAGCUCAAUAGCGCGUUUACGUUGAUAAACCUUUCAUAAUAUCGUAUCAACAAGCUUGCGUCUGUAUUUAAUUAAGUCAUAGAGAUAUGUCGUCGUAUUGCAACGGCCAUAUCUCAUAGGUUUGCUAUUCUAUAAAGCGUUUGUUAAUAUACACCAUACUCCUCCCCUAUUCUAUAUAUAUAUAUAAAUACGCGAAAAAUCCCAUUAUUUGAUAUUAUUAAGU